GCAGGCGUGUGACUUCGCACUCUGCGCGUCUCGCGUUCGACCUGCAGGCCAUGUUCGACGACUUCGUCGAGCACGCGGCAUCUCCGCCGGGGGUGGCACAGGCUGCGAGUGCUCUACCGUCGCUGCAGUAUGAGGGCUUCGAGCCUUCCCCAUAUGCCGAAGAUGAUGACCGCGCGGAGAUCGAGGAGACUGCUCAAGAUGCUGCCUCCGUCAAUGAACCCAUCUUCGAGCUCGGUCGCGUCCAGUACACGUUCCCUGCACCCCUCGUAUCCUUCGCCGUAUCCUCCGACAUGCUCGUCAUGGCGCUGGCAAACAACACCCUAGUUCUCAUUGAACUCUCCCACUCUGAACAGGUCGUGCAAAUCCCCAUACCGCGCAAGCCUCAGGACAUGACAAUACACAAGGUCUUCAUGGACCCCUCCGGCAGGCACAUCAUCGUCUCCUCCACCCAGGGCGAGAAUUGGUACUACUUCCGCGCAUGGAAGAAGACCAAGCAGCCCAAGUCCCUCAAGUGGAAGAUGGUCAUCGAGAGCAUUGCAUGGAAUCGUGCGGCGUUGCUGGCCUCGGUGAACGCUACCACGACGCGGGAGAUGCUCAUCGGCGCGCGAAACGGGACUAUCUAUGAAGCAGUACUGGACGCGGAGGAGAAUCUGUUCGCUUCGCUGGAACGUCAUUUGGCGUCGGUGUACUCCGUCCCUGGACCCAUUACGGGGAUACACUUCAAUGUGUUUCCCCCGCAGGAUCCCAGGAAAACAUGGAUUGUGGUGACGACUCCCUCACGAAUGUACCAGUUCAUUGGCUCCCCGGAUAGGCGUUCAGACGAUGGCAGCCGCGCAUUCGCCGCCCUCUUCAACACCUAUCGGGACAACGCGCCGAAUAUACGCGAACUUCCUGGCAACAUCCAGCACUCCGAACUCCACCUCUUCACACCCAAUUCCGGACAGGCGCAAUCGCUACCCAAGACUAUAGCAUGGCUAACCGGUUCUGGCAUCUUCCACGGCUCCGUCAACUUCGACUCCAACACCGACGACCUCGUCGACGGCGUCAAGCUCCCCGCCUACCCUAUCUUCUCCGACACACCUCCAGGCCAAACCGACGUGCCGCUUUCUAUGGCAGUAACAGAGUUCCACUUCGUGCUGCUUUAUAAGGAUAGGAUAGCGGCGAUAUGUAGCUUGGAUGAGAGGUUGGCGUAUGAGGAAGUGAUGCCGGUGAAACCCACAGAGGAGGUCAAAGGCCUUGCCGCCGACCCCGUACGCGGCACCUACUGGGUCUACACCGAUCAAUCAUUAUUCGAGCUCGGCGUCGGCAACGACGACAGGGACGUCUGGAAGGUCUUCAUGAAGCAAGGUCACUUCGAUGUGGCUUUGCGGUAUGUGAAGACCGCCAGCCAACGCGACCACGUCCUCUCCGCCCAAGCAGCCGCCUACUUCGCCGAGGGAAAGUAUUUCCAAUCAGCUCAGUGCUAUGCACAAUGCUCGGUGUCCUUCGAAGAGGUCGCACUGAAAUUCUUGGACGUUAAUGAGCGCGAUGCGCUGAGGAGUUACCUCAUCUCAAGGUUGGAGCGGACGAGGAAAGGCGAUCUUACUCAAAGAUUGAUGCUCUCAACUUGGCUCGUUGAGUUCUAUUUGAGCAAGCUGAACGAGAUGGAUGACCUCAUCGCGUCGGAGUCGGUCUCACAAGAUGUCGAGAACCUGAAGACGGAGCGGACAAUAUUGGAGGACGAUCUAAAGCAUUUCUUCGAGACGUAUAAGACCGACCUCGAUACCCAUACCGUAUACGAGCUCAUUCAAGGCCAUGGUCGGACAGAUAUGUACCUGUUUUACGCGACGACUAUCGGCGACUUCGAGCGCGUCGUCCAGCACUGGACGCUCGAGGAAGAGUGGUCAAGGGCAAUCGAUGUUAUCAGCCGACAAUCAAAUCUGGAGCUCUACUAUCGCUUCAGCACCGUCCUCAUGCGCAACGCACCCAAAGAGACCGUCGAUUCCUGGCUCAAACAACCAGCCCUUGACCCCCUCCGCCUCGUUCCCGCCCUCCUCCAGGUCCAACACGCCCCGAGAGACCCCCUUACCCCCAACCAGGCCGUCCGCUACCUUACUAACCUCAUAUACGAGGAGCAGAACACUAACCCGACCAUCCACAACCUCCUCAUCACGUUCUACGUCUCGCCCACCUCCUCCGCGUCUACCUCCACCAGCGCACCGUCCGCCGAGGACGACGGUCCCUUGUUGCGCUACCUCUCCACUGCGCCCACGGACCCCAUGACUGGAAAGCCCUAUUACGACCUGGACUACGCGCUGCGGUUGUGCAAGCAGAGCGGGCGGACGCAGCCGUGCGUGCAUAUCUACAGCCAGAUGGGGUUGUGGGAGAACUCGGUGGAUCUAGCGCUAGAGAAGGGCGACGUCGAGCUGGCGAAGAUCAAUGCGGAUAUGCCGGAGGAUGACGAGCCGUUGAGGAAGAAGCUGUGGCUGAAGAUCGCGCAGUAUGUGGUGCAGGAUAAGAAGGAUAUCAAGACCGCCGUCCAAUUCCUCGAAUCCACGAACAUCCUCAAAAUCGAGGACAUCCUCCCCUUCUUCCCCGACUUCGUCGUCAUCGACGACUUCAAGGAGGAGAUCACGCACGCGCUCGAGGGCUACUCCGCACACAUCGACCAGCUCAAGCAGGAGAUGGACGACGCGACGGAGACGGCGGACGCGAUCAAGCAGGACAUCGCGAACCUGAAGAACCGGUUCGUGACGAUUGGGGCUGGGGAGGCGUGCGCGCAGUGCGGGCAGCUGCUGCUGACGCGGCAAUUCUAUGUGUUCCCGUGCCACCAUUCGUUCCAUGCGGAUUGUUUGAUUGGGCUGGCGAAAGAGUACUUGCCGGCUCAUGCGCUGAGGAGAAUGCUGGCGCUGCAGAACGAGCUCGUGAAGGGGAAUCCGACAGCAAACGGGGCAGUGCGCGAGCGACAGAACACCGCGCCACGGACUUUGCUGUCAGCCAAUUUCGCCAAUGCCGUACCGAACCCUGCUCGGGCAGCCAAUCUCUUGGGGCGCAAUAUUCUCAACGCCGGCGACAAGCUGCGCGACAUGAUCGUACCAGACGCGCUCGCAGCGGCUGUGACCGCACCGGUAGGCUGGAUACCAGGGAUGGGAGGACCGGGGAAGAAGCGCAGCGGGGCAGACAAGGUUGACGAGAACGCGAAGAAGGCGCGCGCCGAGCUUGAGGAACUCCUCGCAAGCAACUGCCCCCUCUGCGAGAGCGUCAUCGUCGGCCUCGACAAGGGCUUCAUCAAGGAGGGCGAGCUGGACACGUCGUGGGCGUUGUAGGAUAGAUACCCAACCCAUAUGUUUACCAUGUUAACAGACAGCAGAGGAUGCUAGUGCGUAAUAUACAGACACCGAUGAUGACAGGAGAUAACGAGAAAGGGGAGGGGGCGCGGGCCAAAAUCAGUGAUUGAUCUUUUUGGUGCGCCCCUGUCGGCGGCGUAGACGCGCUGCUUUCCUGGCGCCCAUUUUCGCCUUUUCCAUUUCUAUCCGUUCCCUCUCCUCUGCUUUGGCUCUUCGCUCCUUAAUGCGGUCUAUCCGGCUAUGGGGGAGGUGAGUGAUGGAUCAACAAGGGGACGGCAUGGGGCGCACGCUUUGCGCUCUGCCUCUUGCUCCUCCUUCAGCUCGGCCUGCAGCUUCUUGAUAGCCUGCGCUU